CUGUCUGGUACAAUGUAUGUAAAAUAUGUUGCAAUAUGAAACAGCUCAAAAGCUAUUUUGGACGCUGCCAAGUACAUUUAACUAGAUCAUAAUAAUACGGAAUCAAGUAGGACUCCAUCUCCCAUAGUCCUCGAGACUUGCAAAUACUGUAAUGGAGAUCCCCAGCAGUCGUAUGACAUGAAGUUCUUCACCUUAAUAAAUCCAGAGGACGUAGCUACAUCCCCAGCAUGAUUGUGUAUGUAAGGUUUAACUCCAGCCAUGGCUUCCCAGUGGAGCUAGAGGAGGGGGCCAGCAUCGCAGUGCUGAAGGAGAAGGUGGGGAGGCUGCAGGGGGUACAGCCGGAGCAGCUGAGAGUCAUCUUUGCUGGCAGAGAGCUGCUCAGCGACUGCACUCUCCAGGGCUGUGACCUCCCAGAGCAGAGUACCGUGCACGUGGUGCUGCCUCCCCCGGGGUCGGGCCGGUGCUCUGACCUGGCCCUGCAGCACCGUCUGGGUCGAGGGGUGGACAGCCUCACCCGCCUGGACCUCACCGCCUCCCGCCUGCCCACUACCUCCACCGGCCUGGCUGUCAUACUGGAAACCGAUGACGAGCAGAGAGCCAGGGAAGAGCCUGAACACACAGAGCCCAGACCUCACAGCAGCUUCUAUGUGUACUGCAAGAGUGUGUGCCGGGCCAUCCAGCCGGGGAAGCUACGCGUGCGCUGCCGAGCCUGCAAGCAGGGAACCCUCACCUUGAGCCGGGGCCCGUCAUGUUGGGACGAUGUCCUCCUCCCAGAGCGUAUCCAUGGCGUCUGUCAAUCAGAGGGUUGCCUUGGCAGAGUAGCGGAGUUUUACCUGAAGUGUGCUGCCCACCCCACCUCUGAUGAUGACACGUCUGUGGCCCUGGACCUCGUCAUGCCCAAUGUGCGGGAUGUCCCAUGCAUUGCCUGCACAGAUAUCAUGAGUCCAGUGUUGGUGUCCCAGUGUCCAGACCGCCAUGUCAUUUGUCUAGACUGCUUCCACAUGUACUGUGUGACCCGCCUCAACGAGCGACAAUUCAUCCACCACCCAGAUGUCGGCUACUCACUUCCAUGUGCAGCUGGCUGCCCAGAAUCUCUCAUAACGGAGUUGCAUCACUUCCGAGCCCUAGGUGAUGAACAGUAUGAGCGGUACCAGCAGUAUGCAGCCGAGGAGUGUCUCCUCCAGAUGGGAGGAGUGUUGUGUCCAGCCCCUGGAUGUGGAGCAGGCCUGCUGCCUGAGGAGGACAAGAGGAUGAUCCAGUGUCUGCUCAGCAACGGUUUGGGGUGCGGGUUUGUGUUCUGCCGUGACUGUAAGGAAGGAUUCCAUGAGGGGGAAUGUCAUGUGAGGUCAUCACCUGUCUCAGGAGGAGCCCUGCAGGGUUAUGUAGUGGACGAGGAGGCAGCUCUUCAGGCUCGGUGGGAGCAGGCCUCCCAGGAGACUAUAGACGAGACCACCCGUCCAUGUCCACAUUGCAAGGUCCCAGUGGAGAAGAGUGGUGGCUGUAUGCACAUGGUGUGUCCCCGUGCCCAGUGUAAGUUUGAGUGGUGCUGGAUCUGUCGUGUGGAGUGGAACAGGGAGUGUAUGGGCAACCACUGGUUUGGCUGACUCUGAGACCUCAGAAAGGCCCUGCCGCCACUCAGGAAUACGUGCCUGGGACUGGAACGCAAAAUCAAUCAUGUGUUUAAAAGACUCAAUAAAGCUGUGCCCUGACCUAUCACAA